AUGAGGAAUAAGCAAGAAGAGCCCAAAGCUUUGGCCCAGUCCCAGACCUACGACAUCACUGGCAUAAAGGAAACCUGGUGGGAUGAGUUCUGCGACUGGGGUGCUGUGACGGAUGGUUACAGGCCCUCAGGAAGGACAGGCAGGGCAGGUGAGGUAAGGGUGAAGGGGAAAGGAAAUAAAGCAGAUCUUGUUGUGGAAGUCUACUACCAACCACCCAGUCAGGACAAUGGCACCGAGGAAUUAUUCUACGAGGAAUUAAGGGAUGUCUCUAAAUCAACCACCAUUGUCCUUAUAGCUGAUUUUAACUUCCCAGACUUCCACUGGGAAUAUCAUACAGCAGACACAAACAGAUUGCAAAAGGUCUUGGGUUUGGAUUCUCUGGAUGAAGUGUUAGACACAAAGCUUGUGAAUUCAAAGCAUAUAGUUCACAAUGCAUACAAUGUCAAUAAGCAAGGCAUUGUCACUUUAGAAGACAAAUCAAAGGAACUACCUCACUGGAUAUUAUCAGCAAUGAAAUGUCUAGCAAAUUGGCCCAGCUGCUCAGAUUUGAAGCAGCCUACAUACUCAGGAUUUGAAAGAGAUGUCUUCAAAACUAUAGUGGACUACUUUAACCAGAUGAAAGAACCCCUUCUCACAUUUCAUUUUUUUGAUAUUUUUGUUAGUGUGUUAGGUUUGCUGCAAAAACACAGCAAGGCCGUAGAAGCUCUUCAGAUAUCUUGUCUCCUGCUGCCACCAGAAAAUCGGAAAAGACUACAGCUGUUGGUCAGGAUGAUGGCAAGAAUUAGCCUUAACAAAGAUUUGCCACCUCUUUCUGAAUCUGUGAGGACCAGAACCUUGAUGGUUCAGGCAUUUUCCCAUUGUAUUCUCUGCUCAAAGGAUGAAAUGGACUUGGAUGAACUGCUUGCUGCUAAACUAGUAUCUUUUCUCAUGGACAAUUAUCAAGAGAUCUUAAGUGUUCCUUCCGCCUUAAAAUGUUCUAUAGAGGAACAUGUUGUACAUCUCCAGAGAGUCCAAAUAAAAUAUGCUGGAGCUGAUACUGAUGCAACUUUUCGUCCUCCAUCAUUUUGUCACCAAAUCAGUACAGAUGAAUUUGAAUACCAAAGGGCAACUGGCUAUCAAGAACCACUGGCAGCUUUAUUGGAAGAAAUUGCAAUGAAUAAAGAAAUAUCUGUGAAAGAUAAGAAGAAGCAGCUCAAGCAAUUUCAGAAAUCUUACCCUGAAGUGUAUAGAGUACGAUUUCCUACCCCUGAAACUGAAGCAGUGCUGUUUCCGGAAAAAGCUAAACACAAACCACCAAUACUAAUGUGGGCCUUCAAAAAGCCGUUUCAACCAUUUCACAGAACCAGAAGCUUUCGGAUGUAAAUGGAUUGAAAUAUGUCAGUGAACUGAGUCAGAACAUAUUAUCAAUGGAUCUUAUGCAAGAGGAGCCUGAGCAGCAUGUAGUUACUCAAAAAUCUACUGGAGAUUCUGCCGAGAUGGUAGAAAAGAUCAAAAGAAGAGGAAAGUAUCGCGGUGGUAGAAAUGUG